AUGGAAGAUUCAGCAAUAAUGAUAUGUUAUCGUGAAUGUUUAUUAAAUCUAGAGAAAUUCAAUGGUGGCGAAGAAUAUAAAAUUUUACAGUUUAUCAACAAUAUCGAAAGAAUUGGGAAAAUGAUCGAUGCAAAUGAUAAUCUUUUAUAUUGUAUGUGUAUGGCAAAAUUAGAUGGUGAAGCAAAACGUUGGUACGAAGAUAACUUAUCAUUAAUUCAAUGGAGACAAUUAAAAUCGGCAUUAUUAGAAAGAUUUACAACGUCUGAUUCAUCAUCAAAAAUAUUCGAACAAUUGAAAGAACGUAAACAGAAACCAGAUGAAACAGUUACAUCUUAUUAUGAUGCUAUUAUUAAACUUUGUCAUACAUAUGAUACAUCUAUGUCACAAAGAAUGAUGAUAUCAUGGUUAGAAAAUGGCAUUAAAAAUUCAUUAAAAAUUCAAAUUAAACGACAAAUGAAGUCAUUAUCUGAAUCAGCUAGAACAACACAAGCAUUUUUAAAAAUUGCGAAAGAUGAAGACGAACUACAAAAUGAAAAUGUUCUAGAACCUCAAACAACAGCACCGUAUGUGCCAUAUUUUGCAAAUACAGUAUCAACAACUAUUUAUGCAUCAUCAACGUUACGAACUCCUAUUUAUAUAAAUGUUCAAGUAAAUAAUAAACAACACCAAGCCAUUGUCGAUACUGGAUCUGCAAAGAAAUUACACAAAUCAGCUAACUGUACGUCUAUUAAUAUUAUUGGUGAAAUUCAACUUGAAGUUAAAAUACAAGGACAUAAAACUUUCAUUAUAGCGGAUGUUGCAACGAAUCUUAUUACUGAUCUACUACUUGGAAACGACUGGAUUAUACAAAACAAUGUUAUUAUUGAUUCAUUACAACAGCAUAUUACUCUGAUUGAUAAGAACCGCCGCGAAUUAGCAACAGCUCCAUUCGUUCAACCUUCAAAUCUUCAAUUUAGCGCAACUAAUCGUCAACGAACACUAUCAAACAAUACUCAGCUGGGACGUAUGUCAUAUCAGGCUGAAUUAAAUAAUCAUAUUAUUUUACCGGUGUUAUCAGAAGAUGCAAAUUAUCAGCCAACACAUUUUAAAUCAUUUAAUUAUAAGAGAAACAACACUCAGAAGAGUGGUUUCUGUGAUUCAUUACUCCGUGAAAAGAGGAAGGUUCAAUUUACGGACUUUACCUGUGGAAAAGAACAUCAUGAAGAACAACAACAUCAAUGCCAUGUUUGUCAAGAACAAUUUUUAUCACGCAAUAAUUUACAACAGCAUUUGCUUCAGAAAUGUUAUCCAUCAGCAGCAUCAUUAGAAAAUAAUACUAUAAAUAUUUUAGACGAAGAAACAUUGAAUUAUAAUGAUAGAGAAGGGGGUCAUGUACGAGAUGAACCUUCAAAUGAAAUUGAAAACAUGUCCGAUAAUGGCAUUCAACAAAAUACAAUGAACGAUCAAAACCAACAAUAUAUACAUCAUGAACCAUUAACAAGAAGUCAACGACAAAGCCACAAACAUCGAGCUAAAAGAUAUCGAUAUGAAAUCAUUCGGAAAAUUUAUCAUAAAUUUACCAUUACAGAUAUUAAAAAAAUCUUAAUAUUUAUGGAUAUUCCUUAUGCGAACAUCAAUGUUGUCGGAAGCACGUUAUUCUUGGGUGUGAAGAACGAGCAAAUAAAAAACAUCAUUGACAAAAUAUUACACAGUGGCAUAUUUACAAAAAAACACUAUUAUUAUAGGCGCAAGAAAUUACGUCCAGAUAAAUAA